UGCGCAUGCGCCGCCCGCGCCCGCCCCCGCCCUGGGCUUUGUUCGGGGUUGGACGCCAUUUUGCGCGGCGGCUGAGUGAGGCGCUGAUUGGGUUUCGGGGGCCCGCGGCGGAGCCAAUCAGCGCGGGGCCCGAACCGGGGGAGCGAGGCACGAUACACAGGCUGAGGUGCGCCUUCCACCGUGCUGGAGCUGACCCGCUAUGGAGCAGUACACAGCAAACAGUAACAGCUCCACAGAGCAGAUCGUUGUGCAGGCUGGACAGAUUCAGCAGCAGCAGCAGGGUGGUGUCACUGCUGUCCAGCUGCAGACUGAGGCCCAAGUGGCAUCCGCCUCAGGCCAGCAAGUCCAGACCCUCCAGGUAGUCCAGGGUCAACCCCUGAUGGUACAAGUAAGCGGAGGCCAGCUGAUCACAUCAACGGGCCAGCCUAUCAUGGUGCAGGCCGUGCCAGGGGGUCAGGGCCAGACGAUCAUGCAAGUCCCUGUUUCUGGAACACAGGGGCUGCAGCAGAUUCAGUUGGUCCAGCCAGGUCAGAUUCAGAUUCAAGGUGGGCAGGCUGUGCAGGUACAGGGGCAGCAGGGCCAGACCCAGCAGAUCAUUAUACAGCAGCCACAGACUGCAGUUACUGCUGGCCAGACACAGACCCAGCAACAAAUAGCAGUGCAAGGACAACAGGUAGCACAAGCAGCUGAAGGCCAGACCAUAGUCUAUCAGCCAGUUAAUGCUGAUGGAACCAUUCUCCAACAAGUGACAGUCCCUGUUACAGGCAUGAUCACCAUUCCAGCAGCCAGUUUGGCUGGAGCACAGAUUGUCCAAACGGGAGCCAACACCAACACAACCAGUAGUGGACAAGGGACUGUCACAGUAACGCUGCCGGUUGCUGGAAAUGUUGUCAAUUCAGGUGGAAUGGUUAUGAUGGUACCUGGAGCUGGCUCAGUACCAGCUAUCCAGAGAAUACCUUUGCCUGGGGCAGAAAUGCUGGAAGAAGAGCCCCUCUAUGUAAAUGCCAAGCAGUAUCACCGGAUCCUGAAGAGGAGGCAGGCACGUGCUAAGCUUGAAGCAGAGGGAAAAAUUCCCAAAGAAAGAAGGAAAUACUUGCACGAAUCUCGGCAUCGUCAUGCCAUGGCCAGGAAGCGGGGAGAAGGUGGACGUUUCUUCUCACCAAAGGAAAAAGACAGCCCUCAUAUGCAGGUCACAGCUGAUCUCUGUCCUGGAGAGCUCCUUCUGAAAAUUGGAAGUCAGGAAAGCAAGAUUAUUGCUCUGACAGGUAUUUUUUUUAAUGAAUAAUUUCUUCUUUUCUUAAAGAACUUGUAAACUUCAAAGCAGCUAGGAUGUUUUUCCCACUAAGCUCUUCUAGAUAGGUUUUCUGACCCGUUGUUGUAGAAUGUGUGUUAAGACCUCUGGAUUUGUGUUACAUAGGAAGUCUUAUUGUUAAUACUUUCAAUAGUGAUGUGAAAGCCUGAGUGCUACUGUCCUGUUUUUCCUUUGCUUUGGGUUAUAUGUAUCACUUCUAAAAGUAGUGUUUGCUUGGCGAGACUGGAGUUAUCGGUCAACACCAUGUUUACCAAAACUGCUUUCUUUUCCUGGAUAAAUGGGUUAAAUUGGAGACGUCAUCAAGUUCAAACCUCUAGUAAUUAAACGGGAAUUCUUUGUAGAUUUGCUACACUUGAUCAGAUCCUCCCAUUUUGGAGAGCAUAAAAGAGAGGAUAAAGGAAGAGGCUCGGGAAUAAUUGUGGUCGAUUGACCCAGAGAGCACUGGAGUGGCGAACCGAUCAAAAACCAGUUUAAUGGGAGUGUGAAGAACGGGGUUUGGAAAGCGGUCCCCAGGCGAUGCCAUGCGGCUGUAAGGCCCUGCAUGUUAAAAGGGGGCGAGAGGAGUCUUCUCUUUGUGAAUGGGUGUGGGGAGGGUACCGAAAGGAAUGAAACGUGAGGCAAAGUUUGUAUAUAGUUAAAAGUUUAUAAUUUUUUUUAUAUAAUGCAUUUUUUCAGGUGUAUUUCGGUCUUUAAUAGAUGCAAUUGUAAGUACUGUGUACACUCUGCAGCUAAUAAAAGUUUAUAAACCAAGAACAA